CGCGUGUGACGCAUGCGCAGAGACGUGUUUAAAGAACGAGCGCCCCAGAAGUUCCCUGUUUUGCCGAGAGUCAUGGCUAAGAUUAAACUUCUACUCGCUCUAACGUCCCUGGCGGUGUGUACAGACUUACUAGACGGUCUUCCAUAUACAUAUCUGCAGUCAGGGAAAUUCACGCGACACAAAGAGGAGUUCACAGAGAAGUACUUCACCCAGACCCUGGAUCACUUUAACUUCAAUGACGCGAGGAAUGGAACCUUCAGUCAGCGAUACCUGAUCAGUGAUAAAAGUUGGAAGAAGGGGUCCGGCCCGAUCUUCUUCUACACGGGAAACGAGGGAAACAUUUGGGACUUUGCUCUGAACUCUGGAUUUAUCACAGAGUUGGCCGUGCAGCUGGAGGCUCUGGUGAUUUUUGCUGAACAUCGGUACUAUGGCAGCUCUCUGCCGUUUGGCAAGGACUCCUUCCAGGUGCCUCAGAUCGGCCUGCUCACGGUGGAGCAAGCCCUGGCUGACUACGCCGUGAUGAUCAGCGAGCUGAGGCCGCAGCUGGGGGCGACUCGAUGCCCAGUCAUCGUGUUUGGUGGCAGUUACGGAGGGAUGCUCUCUGCCUACAUGAGACUGAAGUAUCCAAACCUGGUGGCCGGAGCGCUGGCUGCUAGCGCCCCCAUCCUGUCUACAGCUGGAAUGGGUGACUCCAGGCAGUUCUUCAGAGAUGUCACAACGGAUUUUGAGGGGAUUUCUCCAGAAUGUGGCGACGCUGUCCGAGAAGCCUUCCGUCAGCUCAGCGAGUUGGCUGGGAGACAAGAUUACAGCCAGAUCCAGGCAAAGAUGUCUCUAUGCAAAGCACCAUCUUCUGCUCAGGACGUCCACCAGCUCUAUGGCCUGCUGAGGAACGCCUUCACCAUGAUGGCCAUGCUGGACUACCCUUACAGUACCCACUUCAUGGGCAACAUGCCGGCCAACCCUGUCAAGGUCGCUUGUGAUAUAAUGCUGAGUGGACCGGACCUGCUGGUCAAUCUCCGGAACACAGCAGCUGUGUUCUACAACGCCACUGGAGUCCUGGAGUGUUUGGACUUGUACAGUCUGUAUGUGGAGUGUGCUGAUCCCACCGGGUGUGGACUGGGUUCCAACAGCUUGGCCUGGGACUACCAGGCCUGCACAGAGAUCAACCUUUGCUUCGAGAGCAACAACCUCACUGACAUGUUUCCAGCCAUGACCUUCACCGAGAAGGAGCGUGAGCGCUACUGCUCCAAACGCUGGGGGGUGCACCCCAGACCCGAAUGGCUCGGCAUUCAGUUCUGGGGAGACGCUCUCUCCACGACCAGCAACAUCAUCUUCUCUAAUGGGGAUUUGGACCCGUGGGCCAAUGGAGGGGUGCGGAAGUCUCUGAGUUCAUCUCUGGUUGCCAUCAACAUUCCUGAUGGAGCCCACCACCUGGACUUGAGGGGCUCCAAUGAUGCUGACCCGGUGUCUGUGAUCACAGCCAGGAGGAUGGAGUCAAAGCUGAUCGCCCGCUGGGUGGAGGCGGAGAAGACUCGGCUGCAGCACGCCUGAGAGUUCUGGUUUUGGAUUCACCCUGGUGGUGAUGUCGGAGAUGGUCGAGAUUGGAUUCCUCCAAUGUUCUUGCUGUGUGAUUGUCAGCAGACAUGACUUUGGGACUGCUGAGGCUCUGAAACGGAAGCUGGUCUUGACGAAAGAGUCGAUCAGAGUUUAUCGCGAAUCAUUCAUCCUUGGAGCAUGUUGGUGAUGCGACUAAUGUUUCACUUGGGCAGAUCAAGCUCCUUUUUUGGUCUUUCUCCUCCACCCAUUUUCCCCUUCAGAAGAUCUGCUUUACUCCUGGACUUAACAGACGUGAUUAGGUUUCACUUCACAAUUAAAAAAAAAAAACUCUUCCAAUCGAACUGCGAAUUUUUUUGAUCAGAUAACACAUCUUUUGAGAGGCGGAAAACUGCAUUUUUUCCUACCCAGAAAAAUGUAUAUUGGACUCUUGAACAGGUCUGACUGAAAUAAAUUUCAAUAAAGAUUUGA